AAAUCGUUAGCGCUGUCGAAGCUCGAGCUAUAAAAGACUUCAGAGAUCCGACAGAUCCCGAGUGUCUCCCUCUGAAGGAAGGCGAUAUCAUAACGGUCUUGCAGCAGUGUUCGGAUGGACGUUGGAAAGGCAUCAUUUUUCAUAAAAAACACACAUCUCAGACAGGUUACUUUCCAGCAACUGCUGUUCAGCUUCUAGACCGACCAGUUGGAGGAAUGCAUCGCACUGGGACAUUAAAGGGGAGUUCCAUAAAGAAAGUGGCGCCACCUGUUGUUCCAGAACACAGCAACAGAUAUUCGGGAGGUAGUUUUUCUAGCGGCUAUGGAAGCAUUACCACAGCAGAUAGAAGUUCAUGCUGCAGUGUCAGCACUGAUGAUUCCUUUCCCCAACUUUCGCGAUCUCCAAAUAAAGAACUUGCAGACUAUGGGAGAUUUCCAGUGUAUCAUGCACCAAUCUUAGCCCCAUCACCUACCCGCCAUCUUGGACCCUUUCGCUUUGCGGACUCUCAGACCCACUACACCCAGGUGGUUGUUCACCCACGUCCUAGCAGUCAUCCCAGUACGCCCACGGACGGGGUGCAUUCUCUUGGCUUUGAAAGUGCAUCUCUAAUGACACACAACAAACCUCUUCACGGCACCCAGUCAUCGCUAGAAGAUCAGGGAAUUGAUGUAUGUCAAAGCCCUGGUCGGGAGAGUCCAGGCGCCCCCCAGUGGCAUGUGGGUUCUUAUCGUAUGUCUAUCCAAAGCAGUGAGUCGGGUUCUUCACAGAGACAAAGCUACCAUAGCUCCAGCUCCAGCUUGGGGAGUGUCGACGAUAGCGCCCUCUCAGCUCCUAAAGUUAACGUCACAGAGAUGAUGUUACAUUCUAUACCGGACGUUGACAUACUGCAAGCCUGGCUCACCAGCCUUCACUUCGAAGACUACAUUCAGCUCUUUCUGCAAGCAGGCUAUGAUAUGCCUACGAUUUCCCGCAUGACCCCAGAGGAUUUAACAGCCAUAGGUGUCAAGAAACCAACCCAUCGUCGGAGACUAAAGGCUGAAAUUGACAGGCUAAAUAUAUCGGAUUGUCUUCCUGAAUACAAACCUGAUACUUUGUUGGAAUGGCUUCAGUUACUAAAAUUGGAGGAGUACUAUGAAACACUCUGCCAUCAAGGGUAUAACACUGUUGAUCGAGUCACAGAAUUAACAUGGGAGGAUCUAGAAGAAAUUGGAAUUCAGAAACUUGGUCACCAGAAAAAGAUUAUGUUAGCCAUCAAGAGAGUCAAAACCAUCAAUAAUGGAAUUUGUUAUCCUAGUCACAUGCGAGACUUCCAGCAACAUAGUUUGGAUAUAACUGGUGGAGUUAUUGGUACUUUGCCUCACCCUACAUCAUUAGCGCAUACCGUCCAACCUGUUCCUUCCUAUCCCAGCCAAGAAAUUGCCAUCACAACUUCUCGAGCUCAACUGUCACCAACAGCUGAAAAUACUAGCAUUCCCGAGUUGAAAACCUUCCAACAGUCUCCACCUAAAGAUGAAAGUAUAUUUCUUCCUGGGCAGAGAUGUGAAUUCUCUUCACCAAAUCAUCUGGCAUCACUUUACCAACAAAAUCUUACAAUACAGGUGAGAUCUCCCAAUAGAGGACAUUCUUUAGAAAGCCUAGACAUGGAAGAUUCUAUUUUGACAAUAGCAUAUCCACACUACAUUCAAUCAGAUACCUGGUAUGACACUGUGAGUGCUUGGAGACAUAAUGGCUAUGAUACUGACAGUGAAUUGAGUGUUAAUACCAGUGGGAGUUACAAUGUUUAUGUUAGUGAAGGUACUCCAACAUUGCAUAGACCCAAGGGAAUGGUAAAACCACGCCCGGUUGCCAAAAUAAUUGCAAAGACUAGACAAGAAGAGAUGGACAACAAUGAAGUAACUCAGUACAUAGAAAGAGAUCCUAAAACAGCUUUUAAAAGUAGUGAUCACAAUAUAGAUGGAUGGUCAAGCUUAGAGGGCUCUCCACGACAUAUAAUACCUGGUAGGACUUCUCAACUGUAUGGGACAUUGAAAGCAAAAAGAACACCACCACCACCUCCAAAAAGAACCAAUUCCAUGAGGUGUGAAACUAAAAGUGAUGACGAUUUGGAUUCAAUGCAGGAUAAGGCUUUUGCUACUUGUGUACAAAGCUUGAGGUCUCGAUUUGAUCAAGCUACAAACAAGCAGAAUGAGCUUCUACCUCCACCAUCCUUACACCAGGAAAGACUACAGUCACCCACCACUCAUUCAGAGGAAUUCCCACCACCCCCAUCUCCUCUCCCCUCUGCUCUAGAAGAUUCCAGGAUAGCAUCUGUGACUAAUGGGAUGUUCAGGUCAUCAGGAAUACAAAUUGCUUCCAGUGUCAAGGACUCGGUACAAUCAGAAGAACUUAGAACUAAUUCAUUGUUUCGACAAAGAAGAAAAGAUUCAGCAGAUUCUAACUCUUCUGCCUCCAGCACUGACUCCAACUCUCUGCCAUUUGCCAAUGACAAUGCUGGCACCAUUAAACAAAAAGUCAUCAAAACAGAUUCAAGCCAGCUGGAUCAAGAUGAUUCAGUUAAAUCAACUCCAGUUAAAAGGGCAGACAAAAUAACAUUUGAUUCACCAACAUGCAGAAAUACACAUAAUUCUGAUGCUCAAGGAGACGAAGUGGGUGACCAGUCAGGAGAUGUGAUUGAUGACAUAGAAAGCAUGUUAGCAAACUUGUCCAAUCAGCUAGAUGCUAUGUUAGAGACAGAGUCCAAUGGAUCUGGAUUUGUAGAAGAUAAGGUGAUAGAUGCUGUUGAUGGAAGCCUGUUUGGUCAAGUAUUUGAAGAUUUGGAUUCAUGAAGAUAAGGUGAUAGAUGCUGUUGAUUGAAGCCUGUUUGGGAAAAUAUUUGAAGAUUUGGAUUCAUGAAGAUAAGGUGAUAGAUGCUGUUGAUUGAAGCCUGUUUGUUCCAAUAUUUGAAGACUUGGAUUCAUGAAGAUAAGGUGAUAGAUGCUGUUGAUUGAAGCCUGUUUGGGAAAAUAUUUGAAGACUUGGAUUCAUGAAGAUAAGGUGUGAUAGAUGCUGUUGAUUGAAGCCUGUUUGGUCAAAUAUUUGAAGACUUGGAUUCAUGAAGACAAGGUGUGAUAAAUGCUGUUGAUUGAAGCCUGUUUGUUCAAAUAUUUGAAGACUUGGUGUUAUAGAUACUGUUGAUUGAAACCUGUUUGGUCAAAUAUUUGAAGACUUGGAUUCAUGAAGAUAAGGUGUGAUAGAUGCUGUUUAUUGAAGCCUAUUUGGUCAAAUAUUUGAAGACUUGGAUUCAUGAAGAUAAGGUGAUAGAUGCUGUUGAUUGAAGUCUAUUUGGUCAAAUAUUUGAAGACUUGGAUUCAUGAAGAUAAGGUGAUAGAUGCUGUUGAUUGAAGCCUGUUUGGGAAAAUAUUUGAAGAUUUGGAUUCAUGGAAGACAAGGUGUGCUAAAUACUGUUGAUUGAAGUCUGUUUGGUCAAAUAUUUGAAGAUAAGGUGUGAUAGAUGCUGUUGAUUGAAGCCUAUAUGGUGAAAUAUUUAAAGAUCUGGAUUUGUGGAAGAUAAGAUGAUAAAUACUGUGGAUUGAAUCCUGUUUGGUCAAAUAUUUGAAGAUUUGGAUUCGUGGAAGAUAAGGUUUGAUUAGACAUUGUUGAUUGAAGUUUUUGUUUGCUUUAUUAAAUAUUCUGUUGUCAACACGUUUAUAAGGUUAGGUGUGGUAAAGAUUGUCAUAAUUCUUAUGCUUACUUGGAAAAAUCCCUUAAAGUCUGAUGGUUGGAAUUGCUUAUAAGUACUUAUUUUAAUCUCAAAAGUCUUUCUCUAUUGGAAGCUGUGACAGAGAGCUUUGACUGGGAAUCUUGUUUGUGUAUUAUUGUUUCUGUGACAAACUAUAAAAAAAAAGCUUCCCUAUGUAAAGCACUAUGUACAGUAUCCCAAGGUCAUAAUGGUUGAAAGGUAUGGCUUGUUAGUUAUUGUCAUAUAUCUUAAGCUAACAUAAUUGAUUACCAUCCACAUGGUCUGGUGGUCAUAACUGAUGGUUUGAUAGACAUAAACAUACUCUUGAUGGAACUUAAUAAGUUAUACAGAGAAAAUAAUUCAUUGAUAGACAUAUGAUUUAUAAAAUCUUAUUGAAGUUGAGCUAACGGAAGUUUAUAUAUGCUCAGUGUUAUGAAAAUACUUGUGCUGUGUCAAAUUUGUAUGUAUUUAUCAUUUUGCUGUAACUUAAAAACCCAACUAUUAUAAUCUCAGAAAUCGAUUGGAAAGUUUGACAGAGCUUUGACUGGGAAGCUUAUAUAUUUGGAUGUUAUCCCCUUUGUGACAAACUAUAAAAACUUCCCUGUAUUUUAGUUGGCUUCCAUUAUGUGUACACUGGUAUAAAAUAAAAUAAUGUUUUUAUUUUGUUUAAAAAAAAUUUAUAGCAAAAAUAUUAUAGAGAAACAAUGUUAAAAUUACAUUAAUUUUCCAUUGAAUAGAUUGAAAUGAAGUUCUGAUGUGGGAUAAAAGUUUUAUUCUAGAUAUUUUGUGUUAGUUCUUAUGUGUCAUAGCUAAAAAGUUGUUUCUAUUUAUUUUUUCUGUAUAUAUAUUUACAUGUUACUUAAGUUUAAAAAUUCUCAAGUUACUUAUAUCUUUUAGUAAUUGUAAACCUUGUUUAUUAUUGUGGUUUAAUGUUCCAUGUGAAACAAAACGGGGGAUUAUUCAAUGACGUUUUUAAAGAUAGCAGUGUAAACUUUCCCCCAUUAUGUAUAGUCUUAAGUACUCUUGAUAAUUUUUACUUUAAUAAUACUCUUUAACAAUUGCUGUACAAAUACUGAAAGGAGUGAGGCAGCUUUUAUCAUUCACAUGUUAUAUAUGUGUGUGUGUAUAUAAACUGUCUGUAAAUAAAACAGACUUGUAGUUUGGUCAUAUAUAUCAGGAACUUUGGAAGCGAUGAUUUAAAUGUCUAACACGAGCUUUAAGAACAGAUUUCUUUUUGUUGAAAUUAAUCAGGAUCUUUGGGCUGGCUUAAUUAUCACUAGUUGGUUCCUUAUGCUGCCAAAUUCUGUGUUAAUCAGCUGCAUUUCUUUAGCUUUUGUCACUGAAUGUAUGGUUCUUUUUGAAUAAAAGUGACUUAGUUU